AUGGACAUCAAUGGGCACGAGAUGCCGCUGGCUGACCUGGCGGGCAAGGUGACGGUGAUAGUGAAUGUGGCGUCGCAGUGCGGGUACACGGACGCAAACUACAAGGGGUUGCAGACGGCAUACGCCAAGUACCAGGAUUUUGGGCUGGAGAUACUGGCGUUCCCCUGCAACCAGGCGAGGCGCCGGCCUUGCCCUGCCUUGCCCCGCCAGACGCCAGCCCUCCCCAGCCCCUUUGCCACGGAGCGCUACGCAGCCACCUUCCCGCUCAUGGCCAAGGUAGAUGUCAACGGCGAGCACCAGCACCCCGUGUUUGCCUGGCUCAAGGCCAACGCGCCCGCGCCGCCAGGGCGGCAGCAGGGCGGGGACCUGGCCUGGAACUUCGAGAAGUUUCUGGUGGACAAGGGCGGCCGCGCCAUCAAGCGAUACGGCUCAGGCGCGCAGCAGCAAGAAACCAACUUUGAUCUCCAUCAUCUUGCUCUUUUUUCUUCUCCCCCAUCGCCACCGCCACCCCCGCUGCCACCCUCCCUGCAGACAUGA